AUGGGAUCACUACCCAGUACAAGGAUCACUCCGUCACGAGCAUUCAGCAUCACCGGUGUUGAUUACGCUGGGCCCAUCAUUACACUAGUUAACAAGGGACGCGGUAGAAAAACUUGCAAAUCCUAUAUAGCUUUAUUCGUCUGCUUUACUACAAGAGCCAUUCACUUGGAAGCAGUGAGCGAGUUAUCUACAUCAGCCUUUAUGGCUGCGUUACGACGUUUUGUGGGACGAAGAGGAGUACCACACAAAAUCUGCAGUGACAAUGCCACUAAUUUUAUUGGAGCUAAACGUGAAUUAGCUGAAAUCCAUAAAUUCGUUCGCACAUCUAUUAAGGAAACCAUUGGCGAUGCUUUGCAACAAAUGCACAUUGAGUGGACAUUCAUCCCGCCUUAUUCACCCCAUCUAGGAGGAAUAUGGGAAGCAGGCGCGAAGAGUUGUAAAUAUCAUUUGAAGAGAAUAAUGGGCAACAACUUGUUUACAUUUGAAGAGUUGACAACCGCUUUAGUGCAAAUUGAAGCUUGCCUAAACUCUAGGCCUAUAUCUCCAUUGUCUUCUGAUCCAUCAGAUUUGUUACCUUUAACUCCAGGACACUUCCUGAUAGGAGGACCAUUGACAAGUCUUCCCGAAGUUGAUCUGUCACAUAUCAAAAUCAAUCGCCUCGACAGAUGGGAAGCAAUUCAGCGAGCAGUUCAAGACUUCUGGCAACGGUGGGCGGCAGAGUACGUGGCCAACCUUCAAAAUCGUGUCAAAUGGAGGACAACAAGAGAAAACAUUAAGAUUGAUGAUCUCGUAUUAUUACAAGAUGAUAAUCUUCCCUCUUUGAAGUGGAAAACAGGACGAGUAAUUGAUACACAUGCGGGUAAAGACGGUUUAAUACGAAUUGUUACUGUUCGUACAGCUACUGGCACCACCAAGAGAUCCAUUGCCAAGCUUUGUAAAUUGCCCGUAAACGAUAUGUCAGAUGAAAAAGAUUAG